AUUAGAUUGUCACCACAAAGAAUAAACAAGUUCAAGAAGGCGAUGAAAGAUUGUGGCUUACAAACGAAGAAGUUUCUAUGUGGUGACACCCCUACCUGAUGGAACUCGACUUUCGAGUUAUUGAAGUCUGCAUACAAGUUACGAGAGGCAUUUAUGGAAUUUGGCGUAAGAGAUAAAUCAUAUGAAAGGGAUCUCAGUAGAGUACUGGAAAAUUAUGACUUUGAAGUUGUAACCGAAAUGGUGAAUUUCUUUGAAAAAUUCAAGACAAAAACAGAUUUUGUUUCGGCUGCAUCAAAACCUUUGGUAAAUCUUUUUAUCCGGGAAGUCUUAGAUGUGGAAAUACAUUUAAGAAACUGGUCAACCAAACCAAUGUUUCUCAAAAUGGUAAAAGAACUGAAGACGAAAUACGACAAGUAUUGGGGUGCAUACAACAAGAUGAACGAUUUUAUGUACUUUGCGGUUUUACUUGGUCCUACCAUCAAAUCACCUUUUUUGUUACAUGCUUUUAAAAAAAUGAUCGGGUACAUGGAAGUGAUGGAACAACCAUUGACCCCCGUGGACAUAGACAUAAAAGCAUGUCCAAUGGUCCGAGAGAUUGAGAAUAGGAUGAAGAAUUUAUUUAUGACCCACUUGAAACGAUUUGACAACGGUGGAUCAUCUCAACAAGAAGCGAGUCAAAAAUUCAUUGAUGUUGACGAUGAUAACGAUUUUGUUUUCGAUGAUUUUCUUUGUAUGGGAGGUAGUAACUCGGGUCCAAAAGAUAACGAGUUUCGAACUUAUUUGAAAGAGAAUAUAGUUAAUUAUAAAAAAGAUUUUUCAAUUCUCGGGUGGUGGAGACGAAUCGCGAUUAAGUUCCCAACAGUUGCUCAGAUGGCGAAAGACAUAUUGGUGAUACAAAUCUCAAGUGUGGCAUCCGAGUCCGCUUUUAGCACAUGUGGUAGAGUUGUAAAUGAUUAUCGGACUAGUUUAUCAACUUUGAUAGUUUAAGCUUUGUUAUGCACCCAAGAUUGGGUGAGAAAGUCUACAAAUCCAAUAAUCGACAAUGUUGAUGACAUCUUGAACGAUGAUGAUAUAACUUUUGAGUUUGCACAAGCUUUAAACAUGUUAGAUAUGGAUGACAAAGAUAUGGGGAAGAGGCCAAUGCAAGAUUAGAUUAAGAGUUUAUGAAGUUUGUUAUUUUGAUUGAUUUUAUAGUCUAAACUAUGAUUUUUGGUGUUACGGUAAUACUUUUGUAUGUUUGUCUUAUGAUUGUUA